AUGAUGAUGAUGCGGAUCGUCCUCUUCCUCUUCCUCUCCCUCGCCUGCUUGUCUCUUGAUGCGUCGUGUUCACCUCCUCCUGCUGCUGCUUCGUGUGCAGGAACGACGACGCCCUUCUGUGGGUCUUGCAGCUGCAGUGCCGAAGACGACCUGAAGCUGCGGGAGGCAUUCCUCGCCGAGGUGAAAGCCCACGGUUACGAGGACGCUGCCUGCAGAUCCGAGCUGAAGGCCUACAUCUGUGCGGUGUGCGUGUCUGCCGCCGCCCCGGCCGACGACGACCCGCCCUCCGCGCUUCCUCUCCGUUGCGCCGGCGCCGCGGCCCCGCCGUCGUCCAUCUCCACUACCCGUCACGACGACGACCUAGGCAGCACUGACGGCGGCGGCAGCAGCAGCACGCUGUGCGUGCACAAGGCUUCGACGCAGGCGUACGAUGGUGUGGUGCCGCUUCAUGACGGAUCUGCCCGGCUUCUCUGUUGGCGAAGAAACGGGCAGAUAUGGUUGGCUACGGUGGAUGUGGUGGACCCCACCGGCGGCUCCGUCCUCCGCGUGGUCGACAAGCCGUUGGUCGACCUCGGCAGCCGCCUCGUCAGCCAGGACGCCGCCGCGCGGCCGGGGCCUCGCUGGAGUCGCGGUCCAUUCCAGCGCCCAAUUGUUCGUGUCCUACUACACCACCACCGUUGGCCCCGACGGCGGCAGCGCCUUCCUCGUUGUCGACCAACUAUCCUCGUCAGCAUCCUGGAGCGAGGGGCAUGA